CCACCGCGGCGGCCGGACCGUCAUGGACUACUCGCUGGCGGCGCUGAAGAUGUUCGCCUCGUAGCUGGUGGGAUCCACGACGACCCCUCCUCUGAGGGCUCCUCCCCGGCGCAGAUGCUCUUCGGCAUCCGCUUCCAGCGCGCUUGGAUCCAGGUCCCGCCCUCUCUCUCGGUCCUUUCCUUUCCUUUCCUUUGCUCUGCCCUGACGGCUCGCUGUGGCAGGCAGGGCAUGGUGGUGCGCGUGGACUACAGCAGCGUCGGCGACGGGAGGCUGUUCGUGGAUGACGGCUCCUGCGUCACCGAGCUCAUGCUCCGGCCCGCGGAUGCCAAGGGCCAGCCCUGGCGCCCAGGUUCUCCCAAUCUCUCUGACUUUUGUCUUGCACUCUUUGAUUUUUACACCAUGAGUCCAGACAAAAAGGGAAGGGAUCGGUGGUGCAACAACUCCUACUGCUUCUCGGUAUGGGAGCAUCACAUCAGGGAAGCAAACGCACGCUAAGUUACGACUUUAGGCUUCUAAAUCUUAGCUUCUGUUCACCUCAAAAUGCAUCUCGGUUGUGCUGAUAUGUGUCGUCUUUGCAGCAUGCCCAACAUGUGUUUGUGUUAAUGCCUGAAUGAAAAACUAUGGCCACAAAUUCGACUGUUAAGUGCAAUCUUGACGGUCAUUGUUCAUUUUGAUUUUCUAUAAAAACUAGACCAAUCCUUUUAGUUGCUUCACAUAUACCACGUUCUAUAUACUUA